AAGACAGCUACUUCAAAACAUUUUAGCAAAAAAAUCGACGAUUUAGGCUAUAAUUUUGAAAAGAAUCAUCAAUUUACUAACUUAGAAACUUUAGUUCAAAAUCUCGAUUAUUUGUUGGAUGUUGGCUACAGAUACGAAAUUCCGUAUGUCGUCUACCUCUGUGAACAGUUUUUAAUAUCAUCUGCCGAUAUCAAAAUUGUCAAAAAAUUGUCAUUCGCUGAGAAAUAUAAACUGAGCAGAUUACAAGUACUUUUGAUUGUUUUAUUCUCUACUGGUGUUAAAUAG